AUGCUCGAUUACCUUCCUGCGACUCACACUCUCGUCAGAUGGGAUGGCAGUCACCGGAGACCACACAAAACAAGUGAGGACAUGCCCAACAACAACAGCAACCGUUCAGAGCGAGCUCCACAGUUUCCUGGGAGAGAAGCUUCAGCAGUGAAGUGUGUUAAGUUUCCAGAGCUGGCUUGUGACGCAAUACUUGGUGUUGAUUCACUACGCUACACCGAAGCUGUCCUCAAUUUUGCGGAAGACACUUUUUCACCCACCGGUGCGAUGAAGCCAACACAGAUGGUUCGCUAUCGAGAGAAGACCCAAAUGGCAUCUGCGGAGCGCCUUUUGAAGCUGCAGCCAUACACACGAACAACUUAG